AUGAAGCCAUUCACAUCAACAAAUGAUCUUGACCAAGCUCAAGCAGCCCAUGUUUUCCGUUCAGAGUCGAUUGUCGCAGCCCCUACGCGUAUUUGCGUAAUGACGGUCCGCCCACAUCCGGAACGAAACAAGAGAGGAAGUAGCACUUUUCAACCCAAAGGAAGUUUGUGCGUAUCGUGA